UAAGCCUUAUUUAAACGUUAUUUUCUUAUGAGGACUUGGUUUAAGUCUUAGUAGAGUCAAAUUGUUUGUGCUGCCAGAAAUUAAGGUAAAAGGCGGCGGCAGCAGCAACACCAAAAAAGGAAACAUUAAUAGCCAUUGUUGAGUCUAGUUUAAGAUUAUUAUGUUAUUGAGUAUGAGAUAACGAGUGUUUUUGGAUUUAUGCACGGGCUGCUAUUCAAGAACUUGAGUACAUUUAAAACCAUGGGCAAGAAGCGAGGCGCCAAAAUGUCACCACAAAUUUCAACUCGAUCAUCUCAUACACCAAUUACAUUAAGACAAGAAACAACUGGCAGAAUACAAAUCCAAGGCACUAAAAAUGUUCGUGAUCCAAAAUUCCUGAGACUCGAGCACUUGAAAAAUAUAGCAGUAUGGGCCAGCAGGGAACCUUCAAUCCCCUCCCUACUGUCCGCCACCUAUGGACGCCAAUAUGCUGCUGCUGCCGAGGCACUGGGAAUCCCUCCCGAUACUUCUUUAAUUCAAUGCGAGAGAUGUGAGACAAUUCUUGAGCCUGGUUUUAACUGCGCAAUACGAAUUGAGACGACUCGUGCAAAGUCGAGGAGUAGACGUAAGAAACCUAGUUGCAAGAAUAAUGUGGUUUACAAGUGCCACUUCUGUUCACACCAGAAUCUGAUGAGAGGAACUCCAAAAGGUUAUAUGAAAAAUAUAGUUUCAUCUAAGAGAAACCAGAAGUCACAGGAAGAGUUAGAACCUUCCAAGUCGAUUCCUGCAAACUCUAUCAGCUCAGAGAAUCUCGAGGAAUCAGCAAUCAAGAUCGAGAUGGCUAAGAUUGAUGAGAUUGCUUUGCCACCAGUGUCAGGAGAUAUCUCUAUCGUACAUAGUCCUACAACUCCAUUAAUGAAAAAUGGGCCUAGUUUACUAGAUGCAAACAGGAGAAAGAGAAAUAGAUCGGGAUCUAAAAAGUCCGAGGAAUUCGAAGAUAGCAAGGCUGCAAAAGACGGUGAAGGAACUGCUAAUGCAUCAAGUAAAAGGAAACGAAAAUCUUGGGCGAGCUUGAAAGAAAUGGCCGAGAGUAAUCAGCAGGAUAGCCCUGGAAAUAUUGCUAAUUUGACAAUCCCUUUUUUCAUGUGAGUUGGCCAAUGUUAAUAAACAUUUUGUAUCCGAUUCCAUGUCAAAUCAAAGUUAAAUGCAUAUAAGAUCAUUAUUUAUGAAAACUAGGGCAAAGAAUAUUUCUUAUUUCUGGUUAUAUUUUGUAUCCCAGGAGGAUUCAUAUUGUUUAUUGA